GUGGUAGUUCCAAAAACAUCCAGUCCCCAGUGUGAUGGCCUGAGACGAGGCUUGCAUUGUGCUGCACUUCGGCUUCAGGAGGACAAGUCCAUCCCAGUCCCUCCAUCCUCCACCUCUGCUGCAUCCUCAACUACAACCUUCCACGAGCAUUACCAAGCUCACCCAUCUGAACAUGACACAGCCACAUCAACGCAGGAAGCUGCUGCACCUGAGGCUGUUGCUGAGGAGGCUCCCCAGCCCAACACCAGGUUAGGAUGAUACCGCAAACUGACACUUACACACCUUACCAAUGCAUAACAUUACCAUACCAUGUUGUGGCAUUGCUGUUAAUUUUGGACACCCAGAACUAAAAUCUUUAGUGUGUCAGAUGCUUGAAUAAGUUCUAGGGGGAGACAUGUUAUAAAAUGUACUAACGAGAUUAGCGAAAUCUCCACCCCUCUAAACGGUAACUCUCAGCCAGUUUCUGGCAAGUCUUUGGGCCAAAUGUACACUCCACACCUGAAAAAAUUGUGAUUUGUCCAAAUGAUCAGUGAAGAAAAAUCUGCGUACCAUAACAAAGUUCCAAUUGACAGAUGCUACUACCAUUUGUUACGUGCAUCUGUCCGCGAGAGAUUACAUUGCUACUGGAACAACAUAGUAAUUUUGUUCUUAAGAUACUUCUGACGUGUGUAUGCCAACCGUCUAUGCUGUGUUCUCUCUGUGAUGGUGCAGUUAUGCAGGCCAGAGUGGAGAACAAGGAGAAAAUUAUGAAACAGAGGAGCAACUGCAAGCGCGCAUCCUUAACGCUGCGCUGGACUUUGUCCCACUACAUGGUUGGACUGUUGAGGCCAUUUCAGCAGGAGCUGAGGUGAGUGAGUCUAGGGAAGUUGGAUUCACUGUAAUUGUGUGGAUGGAGAGGUUGGAGAGUUAAAGGUAAUGUGACUAAAUAUGAUUGUUGCUUUCCUAUUACUGUUUUCCUCUGAGCAGACCCUGGGCCUCUCAGCAGCCUCCAGUGGAAUGUUCCAGAAUGGGGCAGGGGACCUGGUCCUGCACUUCAUCGCUCAGUCCAAUACCCAGCUAACAGAGCAACUGGCAGAGCAUCACAAUCAGGUCCAACUUGGUCAAGCAGAGUAUGUUCCCUCACUCUCAAAUUAGCAGGUGGAAGAAUUAUAUUGCACUUAUACUGUGCAGUUAGGAUUUAAACAUGUAUGCGAUUGUUAUUGGUGUGUGUGUGAGCAUGUGUUAACCACAGUAUUUCUUGCAGACCAAAGAAAACUGCUGAGUUUCUUAGGGAUGCCGUGGAAAUCAGAUUGAGGAUGUUGACCCCAUACAUUGAUAAUUGGCCACAGGUAUCUUGCACACAACACAGGAUAACAAUUGGGCCCUAUGUGCCCUUGACCUUAAACACGUGACAGUUAAUCCCUGCACCUUGAACCAGUUCAAGCUACUCCUUGGUAUAAGGUAGCCUAAUCUUGUAACGUCUUCUUUACACACUAAUAGAGGCAACCAUUUAUUACACCUGUACACCACAGGAGGUUGGUGGCACCUUAAUUGGGUAGAACUGGCUCGUGAUAAUGGUUGGAGCGGAAUAAGUGGAAUGGUAUCAAACAUGGUUUCCAUGUGUUUGAUGCCAUUCCAUUUGCUCCGUUCCAGCCAUUAUUAUGAGCCGUUCUCCCUUCAGCAGCCUCCUGUGCUGUGCACAAAUGUGUCAUACAGCUUACUUAGAAGAAAUGUAUCACUGCCAUCCACAUUCUUAGUCUCUCCCACUUAUAUUAAAAACAUUUAUUACACUCGGUAACAAAGAUCUGUUUUUUUCUGCUGAUUUAAAGUAUAUCUUCCUUUCUCCAGGCUAUGAGUAUUAUGUUUCUGCCACACAACAUUGCAGACAGUCUGAAGCACCUCUCCACCCUGGUAGAUGAUAUCUGGUACUAUGCUGGAGACCGCUCCACAGAUGUGAGUCGAUCCCCUCAGCCUAAGUACAUCUCUCCCCAUGUCUUCCUCACCCCCUUUCAUCAUGCACCUCAUACUAUCUGGCCUGCCUCUGCAAAGGUUACUACUCACCACCUCUCCUCACUGCACUCUCCCUGUCCCUCUCACUUUUAACUCUGUUUACUCCUUUAAUCCAUCUCCUAUGCUCUAUAAUAUCCCUCUUUUAUAUGUGGGUGCUACUAACAUUAUUUGUUAAUCUGCCUAAUACAAAUACUUAUAUUUCCCUCUUGAUUAAGGUUUUGGUAUAGCCUGUCAACAACCACUAUGCUGUAUCUGUCUAUCAAAAUCAUUUUUUUUCAGUUUUCCCUCUGUUCCCAUCUCAGUUGAACUGGUAUACGAAACGGGCUGCACUGACAGGGAUCUAUAACACCACAGAGCUGGUGAUGGUACAGGACUCCUCAGAAGACUUCCAGGACACCUGGAACUUCCUUGACAACCGCAUUCAGGAUAUUGUCAACAUGGCCGGCGCCGCCAAACAGGUACCAUUUCCUCAGUCUGUGUAUAGUCCCUUAAAUUAGGUAAAAGGUCACCAGUAAUAAAAUGUAUAAAUCAUUAGAAAGACCUCACUAGUAUACAACCUAUAUUAAGGGAACUCAAUACGUGUAAUUGAAAUCUCUUUUGCUAUUGUGACCUGUAGGUGGCAUCCACAGGAGAAGCAGUGGUGCAGGGGCUUAUGGGAGCUGCUGUUACGGUGAGGAUGCUAGAGAGAAUACGCAUGUUUGAGAUGCACAGAAUAAAGGAUUAUUAUAACAAAUUGACAGCUUAAACGCUUCUCUAGGCAUUGUGAAGAUCUGUUGUAUCUGUGUCUUGAAUACGCACAGCAGCAUUGCUUGUAACCUUGGGAGGCUUUUUUUCAAAAUUCUACAUUGUUUAAAUGAUAAUACCAGGCACUGUAUUUGUUUGGUUCCAAUUGUAUUUUGUGUGUUUAGUAGUGACUGGAGAUUUCUCUAUUUUUCAGCUGAAGAAUCUAACCGGACUUAACCAGAGACGGUGAAACAAGAUGGCUAUUUCUGUUCCACCAUCCCCUCGGAUCUCUGCCAGUCAGCAGUUUGUUUAAAACGGUUUUCCCUCAUGCACGCUCAUAUCCCUUAUUCCUUUUGUAUAAAGGACACAAAAAGUGAUUGUAUUUGAAACAUUUUUGUUCGGCUCCAUUGAGAGUUCUUAAAUAAAUUACAUAUUAUUUACAACAGAACAGUGUGAUUUUUUUUUUCUCCAGUUAUUGAUUUAGGAUGAGGACAAAGCAUAAUUGGAAUGUGUCAACUAAGAAACAGAUCUAGAUUAGAGAUAUCCUGUGUUUAUUAACACCUAGCCAUAGUUCCUUACAGUGAACAACACUGCAUAGAUUUUCUUGGUGCAAAAAAAAAAUCGUUUGAAACAUAUUUCUAGACGUCACGGGGGUGUGACCCGGAUGUUAAAAAGAACCCGCCCACCACAACUGUGACCCCAUCAGACUUUAUUAAUUUAUUUUGGCCAAUGAGUGGUAAGCAAUUUGAGGCCCUCCGGGUGGCGUUGUUUUCUUUAAUACACCGACAGGACUAGCAUCUGGUUUGCAAACUUUACUGUAUAUUGCUUUUCUUAUACGUUAACCAUGCCGUAUGCUAACCAGCCAAUAGUGAAAAUCACAGAACUGACGGAUGAGAAUGUUAAAUUUGUCAUUGAGAACACCGACCUGUCGUGAGUAACCAUUAAACGGAUUAUCAAAAAGUUGUUAGCUAGCAAGCUUGCGAGAGGGUAGCCAAUGAAGGUAGAUAACGUUCUUGAUAGGUAGCUAGUUAGCGCGCCUGCGAUAAACUUGAUAACCACAGCACGAUGUUCAUUUUUCAGUCGUUGUAACUAGAUGUACGUGAAUGAAUAAGUAGCAAUGGAAAUUGAGACAUGUGUAACUAACUAAUUAGCUAGUUGGCUUGCAAGGAUGGCGUAGCGAGGCUCAAACCAGCGACUCUCCUGCCUCUUACCUUUGGGGUCGUGGUGCUCGACGACAUGGAGGGCUUGCUGUUAGAUCAUCUUAUUACAAGAGACUGCUAUUGCCUGAAGUUUCACAUUCAUUCUUUCACAUGUGUCGUCUGAUUUACACAGGGUUGCGAAUUCCAUCCGACGUGUCUUUAUGUCAGAGGUUGCAACAAUAGGUAAGAAAGUCUAAUUAAUCAGGCUGUACACAAUUAAUUGGUACUAGGAUAUACAGCCUGAAACGAAUGCCUGCUAAAUCGUGUAAAUAAAUGUUCCUUACAAGCCAGAAGUUGAAUAAAAUUACAUUUAAACUUACUCUACCGGUUGUAUGUGCGGUUUGUCAUUCAGCUGUUAAAAAUUGGCAAUAUGGUGUAAAUGCAAACCGCAAUUCGAGGCGUUUCUUGAUGUGGGCGUUCCUUGAUAUCAGGUAACGCCAAUUGGUGCCUGCCAUUGGUCAGUUCCGGGGUUAUGUGACUGGUUUCUCUACACAGAUUAUUUGUUUACAUAGGUUAGGAUAAAUAACAUGCAGAUUAAAAACUGUAAUAUCUUAUGUUUCACUGAGUCGUGACUGAACGAAGACAUGGAUAAUAUACAGUUGGCUGGUUUUUCCGUGCAUCGGCAAGACAAAACAGACAAGGGGUGGCGAUCUGUGUCUAUUUGUCAAAAGUAGCUGGUGUGCGAAAUUAAAUAUUAAGGAAGUCUUGAGGUUUUGCUCGCCUGAGGUAGAGUAUCUCAUGAUAAACUGUAGACCAAGCAUUUCGCUACACCCGCAAUAACAUCUGCUAAACACGUGUAUGUGACAAAUAAAAUUUGAUUUGAUUUACCAAGAGUUUAUCUAUAUUUUUCGUAGCUGUCUAUUUACCACCACAAACCGAUGCUGGCUCUAAGACCUCACUCAAAAUGCUCAUCCAGAGGUGUGGCCGGGGACUUUAAUGCAGGGAAACUUUAAUCAGUUUUACAUCAUUUCAACCAGCAUGUUACAUGUGCAACCAGAGGAAAAAAAAAACUCUAGACCACCUUUACUCCACACACAGAGACGCGUACAAAGCUCUCUCUCGCCUUCCAUUUGGCAAGUCUGACCAUAAUUCUAUUCUUCUGAUUACUGCUUACAAGCAAAAACUAAAGCAGGAAGUACCAGUGACUCGCUCAAUACGGAAGUGGUCAGAUGACGCAGAUGCUAAACUACAGGACUGUUUUGCUAGCACUGACUGGAAUAUGUUCCGGGACUCAUCCGAUGGCAUUAAGGAGUAUACCACAUCAGUCACCGGCUUCAUCAAUAAGUGCAUCGACGACGAUGUCCCCACAGUGACCAUACGUACAUACCCCAACCAGAAGCCAUGGAUUACAGGCAACAUCCGCACUGAGCUAAAGGGUAGAGCUGCUGCUUUCAAGGAGCGGGACUCUAACCUGGACGCUGAUAUGAAAUCCAGCUAUGCCCUCAGAUGAACCAUCAAACAGGCAAAGCGUAAAUACAGGACUAAGAUUGAAUCCUACUACACAGGCUCCGACGCUCGUUGUAUGUGGCAGGGCUUGCAAACUACACUGCUCAAAAAAAUUAAGGGAACACUAAAAUAACACAUCCUAGAUCUGAAUGGAUGAAAUAAUCUUAUUAAAUACAUUUUUCUUUACAUAGUUGAAUGUGCUGACAACAAAAUCACACAAAAAUUAUCAAUGGAAAUCAAAUUUAUCAACCCAUGGAGGUCUGGAUUUGGAGUCACCCUCAAAAUUAAAGUGGAAAACCACACUACAGGCUGAUCCAACUUUGAUGUAAUGUCCUUAAAACAAGUCAAAAUGAGGCUCAGUAGUGUGUGUGGCCUCCACGUGCCUGUAUGACCUCCCUACAACGCCUGGGCAUGCUCCUGAUGAGGUGGUGGAUGGUCUCCUGAGGGAUCUCCUCCCAGACCUGGACUAAAGCAUCCGCCAACUCCUGGACAGUCUGUGGUGCAACGUGGCAUUGGUGGAUGGAGCGAGACAUGAUGUCCCAGAUGUGCUCAAUUGGAUUCAGGUCCGGGGGAUGGGCGGGCCAGUCCAUAGCAUCAAUGCCUUCCUCUUGCAGGAACUGCUGACACACUCCAGCCACAUGAGGUCUAGCAUUGUCUUGCAUUAGGAGGAACCCAGGGCCAACCGCACCAGCAUAUGGUCUCACAAGGGGUCUGAGGAUCUCAUCUCGGUACCUAAUGGCAGUCAGGCUACCUCUGGCGAGCACAUGGAGGGCUGUGCGGGCCCCCAAAGAAAUGCCACCCCACACCAUGACUGACCCACCGCCAAACCGGUCAUGCUGGAGGAUGUUGCAGGCAGCAGAACGUUCUCCACGGCGUCUCCAGACUCUGUCAUGUCUGUCACAUGUGCUCAGUGUGAACCUGCUUUCAUCUGUGAAGAGCACAGGGCGCCAGUGGUGAAUUUGCCAAUCUUGGUGUUCUCUGGCAAAUGCCAAACGUCCAGCACGGUGUUGGGCUGUAAGCUCAACCCCCACCUGUGGAUGUCGGACCCUCAUACCACCCUCAUGGAGUCUGUUUCUGACUGUUUGAGCAGACACAUGCACAUUUGUGGCCUGCUGGAGGUCAUUUUGCAGGGCUCUGGCAGUGCUCCUCCUGCUCCUCCUUGCACAAAGGCGGAGGUAGCUGUCCUGCUGCUGGGUUGUUGCCCUCCUACGGCCUCCUCCACGUCUCCUGAUGUACUGGCCUGUCUCCUGGUAGCGCCUCCAUGCUCUGGACACUACGCUGACAGACACAGCAAACCUUCUUGCCACAGCUCGCAUUGAUGUGCCAUCCUGGAUGAGCUGCACUACCUGAGCCACUUGUGUGGGUUGUAGACUCCGUCUCAUGCUACCACUAGAGUGAAAGCACCGCCAGCAUUCAAAAGUGACCAAAACAUCAGCCAGGAAGCAUAGGAACUGAGAAGUGGUCUGUGGUCACCACCUGCAGAACCAGUCCUUUAUUGGGGGUGUCUUGCUAAUUGCCUAUAAUUUCCACCUGUUGUCUAUUCCAUUUGCACAACAGCAUGUGAAAUGUAUUGUCAAUCAGUGUUGCUUCCUAAGUGGACAGUUUGAUUUCACAGAAGUGUGAUUGACUUGGAGUUACAUUGGGUUGUUUAAGUGUUCCCUUUAUUUUUUUGAGCAGUGUAUUACAGACUACAAAGGGAAGCCCAGCCUGCGAGCUGCCCAUUGACACAAGCCUACCAGACUAGCUAAACGACUUCUAUGUGCGCUUCGAGGCAAGCAACACUGAAGCAUGCAUGAGAGCACCACCUGUUCCGGACGACUGGGUGAUCACGCUCGCCGUAGCCGAUGUGAGUAAGACCUUUAAACAGGUCAACAUUCACAAGGCCGCAGGGCCAGACGGAUUACCAGGACGUGUACUCUGAGCAUGUGGUGCCAGGACAACAACCUCUCCCUCAACGUGAUCAAGACAAAGGAGAUUAUCGUGAACUACAGGAAAAGGAGGGCCGAGCACGCCCCCAUUCUCAUCGACGGGGCUGUAGUGGAGCAGGUUGAGAGCUUCAAGUUCCUUGGUGUCCACAUCACCAACAAACUAGCAUGGUCCAAACACGCCAAGACAGUCGUGAAGAGGGCACGACAACGCCUAUUCCCCCUCAGGAGACUGAAAAGAUUUGGCAUGGGUCCUCAGAUCCUCAAAAAGUUCUACAGCUGCACCAUCGAGAGCAUCCUGACUGGUUGCAUCACCACCUGGUAUCGGAACUGCUCGGCCUCCGACCGCAAGGCGCUACAGAGGGUAGUGCGUACAGCCCAGUACAUCACUGGGGCCAAGCUUCCUGCCAUCCAGGACCUCUAUACCAGGUGGUGUCAGAGGAAGGCCCUAAAAAUUGCCAAAGACUCCAGCCACCCUAGUCAUAGACUGUUCUCUCUGCUACCCCCCCCCUACUCGCUGUUUAUUCCCCGCACAUUGACUCGGUACCGGUACUCCCUGUAUAUAGCCUCGUUAUUGUUAUUUAAUUGUUGCUCUUAUUUUUUACUUUUGUUUAUUUAGAAAAUACUUUCUUACUCUGCAUUGUUUAAGGGCUUGUAAGUAAGCAUUUCAUGGUAAGGUCUACACCUGUUGUAUUUGGUAGGAUAAUUACUGGCGUGGCAGGCUUAGGAGAAUGAGGUUAGGAAAAAGUUGGGGUUAGGCUUAGCUACAAUGCUACAGUCAACAACUGAUGUCCCUGAAGUAAAAGAAACAUCCACGGACCAAUAGCGAGCAUCAAUGGGUGUAACUUCACAUCAAGAAAAUCCGAUAUCAGAAAACGCCCCUAAUUGCGGUCUGCAAUUACACCCUUCUCGGAAUUUGAGACAAAAAUAUCCACAGGAAAGUAUUGUUUACACAACUUUUUAGAGGCAAAUUACCGGCUCUCUAUAAAGUAGGGUAAACAAUACAUUCCUGUGGAUAUUUUAUCUCAAAUUAUGAGCAGCUGAAGGACAAAACCGCACAGACAACCGGUAGAGUAAGUUUAAAUGUAAUUUUAUUCAACAUUCUGGCUUGUAAGGAACAUUUACAUGGUUUUGCGGGCAUUCGUGUCAGGCUGUAUAUACCAAUUAAUUGUGUAUUACAGCCUGAUUAAUCAGACUAGGUAAGAUACAGCAUCACCUGUGCUUGUUCUCAUCAGUGUUACUUAGAAUCUCAUGAACGUGUAGACAUUUGUGUUGGUCAUGUCCCCGCAAUGAUUAAUAUUUGCGGAAGUGUUCAUGUCAUUAUGUCUCAUUUCAGCUAUUGAUUGGAUUCAAAUUGAUGCAAAUUCUUCUGUGAUCCACGACGAGUUUAUCGCUCACAGAGUGGGUAUGUAGCUAGUGUAUUACAUCAUUUAGCAGACGCUCUUAUCCAGAGCGUAUUAUACGAUUCUACAUUUUUUCUGUCCCUUGUAUUCUCCUUUAUAACAAUAUUGUACUGAUCACUAAGUCUAUGGUCACAUUUUCAGGUCUUAUCCCCCUUACCAGUGAUGACGUUGUGGACAAGAUGCAGUACUCCAGAGUAAGCAUUUGGACACCUGAUGAAGACCAGACAAUGGCUGAAAGUUACAUUGCCAGCCAUGCUCACUUGAAGAUAAAACCACUAAUGCUUUGCCCCUCUAUUCCCAUCUACCAUAGGACUGUACAUGUGACGAUUUCUGCCCAGAAUGCUCUGUUGAACUGACACUGGACGUUCGCUGCACAGAAGACCAGACCCGCCAUGUGACCUCACGAGACCUGCUGUCCAACCACCCUCGAGUCAUUCCUGUGAGUGAGCUUCCAUUCAACAAUAAUUCACAUACAGAUUUUCCUCCACUUAUUAUUUUGUUCAGAAGUGAGUUGACUUAUGUGAUCUUCAGGUGACCUCCAAGAGUCGAGACAAUGAUCCCAAUGACUAUGUUGAACAGGAUGGUAGGCUGCUCUUUCCCAUGGUUUUCUAUUAAAAUAUUUUAUUAGAAAUAUUUGGUCUCUUACAUGCAUUGCUGCUCGCGUUUAUAAUUCUACCCUCCUCCUCAUCUUGGCUCUGCCUCCUUCCUCUCGUCAGACAUUUUGCUGGUGAAGCUUCGGAAGGGUCAGGAGCUGCGUCUCAGAGCUUAUGCCAAGAAAGGCUUUGGCAAGGAGCAUGCCAAGUGGAACCCUACAGCAGGGGUGUCCUUUGAGUAUGACCCAGACAAUGCACUGAGGCACACUGUUUAUCCACGGCCAGAGGAAUGGUGUGUUACAUUUUAAUGUUCUUAAGGGAGACACAUGACAGUAUUCGGUGAGGGAGAGUGUUACUGUGAAUUGACCCUGUUAUUCUCGGUCUCAGGCCAAAGAGUGAAUACUCAGAGAUUGAGGAGGAUGAGGUGCAAGCACCCUUUGACCCCAAUGGCAAACCUGAGCGGUGAGUAUCAGUUAAUUGGAGUCUAAAUGGUUCUUUACAAGUCAGUACCAAUGUAAUCAAUGCAGUCUGUUAUGGAGCAUUUAUUUUGUGCAUCAUCAGUGUCAACUGUCCAUUCCUAUGAUGAUGACAAUAACUGUGUGAUACAGGUUUUGAUGGUGUUAAAACAGUAUGUGAUGACAAAGAUGGUGAAUAAUGAUCAGUAGGAAAGAUGGCAGAGACCUGUUAAUUUCUGUUGUGGCACAAACUUUUGCAGGUUCUAUUACAACGUGGAGACAUGUGGCUCACUGCGACCGGAGACCAUCGUCAUGUCUGCUCUGGCAGUGCUGAAAAAGAAACUGAGUGAUUUACAGACCCAGCUGAGCCACGAAAUCCAGAGUGAUGUCCUCACAAUCAACUAAGACCUGCAGUUUUAGCCAGUUCUACACCGCUCACAGAGAUCUGAAGCAGACCCAGUUGCAAAUCAUGAACUUUUUUGAUGGUGGCAAAUUUGUGAUAUAGGCAGGAGAAAAGUUGAUCCAGCCAAGAGCUCACAUACUGAUAUCAUCCGUUGUUUCUACAUCUGCCAUAUUGUUUUGUCUUUUCUCUUCAUUCUCUGAUAUAUUUGUAUUUUUCCGCUUCGUAGAAGUUGUUCGCAGGAGAAUUCCUUGUUUUGAAUUGUUUAUUUUGUGUACUGAAAAACAGUUUUUUAAACAAUAAAUCCCAAUUUUCA